CAUCUCAUCGCACCAGACUUCAACAAUAUUUCAUACCAUCAAACACUUACUUUCCUCUUGAUAUAAACCAUGGCAGCUUCUACGAUGGCUCUUUCUUCCCCUUCUUUUGCUGGACAGGCAGUCAAACUCUCACCCUCUGCCUCAGAAAUCACUGGAAAUGGAAGGAUCACUAUGAGAAAGGCUGUCGCCAAGUCUGCCCCAUCUAGCAGCCCAUGGUAUGGCCCUGACCGUGUUAAGUACUUGGGCCCAUUCUCUGGUGAGUCCCCAAGCUACUUGACCGGUGAAUUCCCUGGUGACUACGGGUGGGAUACCGCUGGACUUUCAGCAGACCCUGAAACCUUUGCCAAGAACCGUGAACUAGAGGUGAUCCACUGCAGAUGGGCUAUGCUUGGUGCUCUUGGAUGUGUCUUCCCUGAGCUAUUGUCCCGUAACGGUGUCAAGUUCGGUGAGGCUGUGUGGUUCAAGGCCGGAUCCCAGAUCUUCAGCGAGGGUGGACUUGACUACUUGGGCAACCCAAGCUUGGUCCAUGCACAGAGCAUCUUGGCCAUCUGGGCUUGCCAAGUUGUCUUGAUGGGA